AUGACCAAUACGCGGCUGAGCCACGGUAUUGCGACAGUUCAUGCUAAUGCAUAUCCGCCCGAUUCUUCUCCGAUAUUCCACGAAUCUCUAUCUCGAUCAGAAAUAUCCCCGAUACGGGACGAAAUAAUUCAUCUUGCUUUACCCGAGGAAUCGUCUCGAAAAACAAGAUUGGAGAGAAUUGAUCGUCGUGAACAACUUUUUUCAGUGCACGAGAUGAGACCGGAGGACAUCGGGAUCCUGGCGUUCAGAGGCGAUCCCGACAAGCAACCCUUCAUGGUUGGCUACUUCAAGAGUUCCGGCAUCAGGGAGUCGAAGGUGCGACAGAAGCGGGAUGCCAGGAGAAGAAAGAAGAGCGAGUCAUCGAGCCUGGAUUAUCGGAAUAAUCCGUACACCGAUCCCGGUACACAGUACAACUCGAGGACCUGCAAAAUCCAAACGUUGUACGUCAGCUUCAGGGAUCUGAAGUGGCAGGACUGGAUCAUAGCACCGGACGGAUACGACGCAUAUUAUUGCAGCGGCGAGUGCAAUUUCCCUUUGAACGCCCAUAUGAACGCGACCAAUCACGCGAUCGUCCAAACGCUGGUGCACCUGGUCAGCCCUGGUAAGGUACCAAAGCCUUGCUGCGCCCCCACCAAGCUCUCGCCGAUCUCAGUGCUGUAUUUCCUCGACGAAAGCAACGUUAUACUGAAGAAGUACAAAAACAUGGUCGUCAAGAGCUGCGGUUGCCAUUGAUCGGCCGGGAUUACCGACACCACGAGUGUCCACGAAUACCCCAGAACUGAACUGCGAAUCGACACCUUGAAAUCUUGAAUCGGUGCAAUCCAAUUCGCUUUUCAUUUCCUGCCUCUUUUCCUUUCUUUCAUUUCGAUCGAGUUCGCAAUCUCGUUCAUUCGGAGCGAUAAGAUAUGG